GCGGCUGACGGCGGGGGAGGAGCCGGGUCCGCUGCCGGGUGGAGGGGCCAGGCGAGUGUCCUUAUUCCUAGCUAUUGGGGCUCCGGCCUGUAAGCCAGUUGGAGUCGCGUCGGCGAGAACGAUUGGGCCGAGCGGAGAAAGUCAUGUUGCUCUUCGUGGAGCAGGUAACAUCUAAAGGAACUGGCUUAAAUCCUAAUGCCAAAGUAUGGCAAGAAAUACCUCCAGGAAAUACUGAUGCCACUCCAGUAACUCAUGGAACUGAAAGCUCUUGGCAUGAAACAGCAGCCACAUCAGGGUCUCAUCCUGAGGGUAAUAGAGAACUUGCAGAUGAUAUGUGUAAGGAAUAUGAAGUAAUGUAUUCAUCUUGUGAAACCACAAGAACUACUACAGGCAUUGAGGAAUCAACUGAUGGAAUGAUUUUGGGACCAGAAGAUCUGAGUUACCAAAUAUAUGAUGUUUCUGGAGAAAGCAGCUCAGCAAUUUCUACAGAAGAACUAAAAGAGUGUUUGAAGAAACAAUUAGAAUUCUGUUUCUCACGAGAAAAUUUGUCAAAGGAUCUUUACCUGAUAUCUCAAAUGGACAGUGAUCAGUUCAUCCCAAUUUGGACAGUUGCCAACAUGGAAGAAAUAAAAAAACUGACCACAGACCCUGACCUAAUUCUUGAAGUGUUGAGAUCUUCUCCCAUGGUGCAAGUUGAUGAGAAGGGCGAGAAAGUGAGACCAAGUCAUAAGCGUUGUAUUGUAAUUCUUAGAGAGAUUCCUGAAACAACACCAGUAGAGGAAGUAAAAGCUUUGUUUAAAAAUGAAAACUGCCCCAAGGUGAUAAGCUGUGAAUUUGCACACAAUAGCAACUGGUAUAUCACUUUCCAGUCAGACACAGAUGCACAGCAGGCUUUUAAAUACUUAAGAGAAGAAGUUAAGACAUUUCAGGGCAAGCCAAUCAUGGCAAGGAUAAAAGCCAUCAAUACGUUUUUUGCUAAGAAUGGUUAUCGAUUAAUGGAUUCUAGUAUGUAUAGUCCUCCCAUUCAAACUCAAGCACAGUAUGCCUCACCGGUCUUUAUGCAGCCUGUAUAUAAUCCUCACCAACAGUACUCUGUUUAUAGUAUUGUGCCUCAGUCUUGGUCUCCAAAUCCCACACCUUACUUUGAAACACCACUGGCUCCUUUUCCCAAUGGUAGUUUUGUGAAUGGCUUUAAUUCACCAGGAUCUUAUAAAACAAAUGCUGCUGCUGCUGUGAAUAUGGGUCGACCAUUCCAAAAAAAUCGUGUGAAGCCUCAUUUUAGGUCAAGUGGUUCAGAACACUCAACAGAGGGCUCUGUGUCAUUGACGGAUGGACCAUUGAACAGACCUGGUUCAAGGAACUUUCCAACUGAACGACAUAACCCUACAGUAACAGGGCACCAGGAGCAAAGCUACCUUCCAAAAGAGACUCCCACUUUGCAGAUGGAACAGAAUGGGGACUAUGGUAGGGGCAGGAGAACUCUCUUCAGAGGUCGAAGACGUCGGGAAGAUGAAAGGAUCCCAAGACCCCAUCCUUCAACAGCUGAAGCAAAGGCUCCAACACCAAAGUUUGACUUAUUAGCCUCAAAUUUUCCUCCUUUACCUGGAAGUUCAUCAAGAACGCCAGGUGAACUUGUUUUGGAGAGUAGGAUGUCUGAUGUUGUUAAAGGUGUCUGCAAAGAAAAGGAUAAGGAAGAGUUGAGAGUUAGUUGCCCAGUGACUGCAGAGGAUGAACAGACAGACUGCACCUCUGCCCAGCAACUCAAUAUGAGCACCAGUCCUCCAUGUACAGCUGAGCUUUCUGCAUUAAGCACAACUCAGCAAGAAAAGGAUCUAAUAGAGGAUUCCACUGUUCAGAAAGAUGUUCCCAACCAGACAACUAUACCAGUUUCUUCCCCGAGUACUGCAAAGCCAUCGAGAACAAAUACUGCUUCACCGUGUAAUAGUAACAUAAGUGCAGCUGUAGCUGUGGCCCUACAGGAACCUCGGAAGCUAAGUUAUGCUGAAGUGUGCCAGAAGCCCCCUAAAGAGCCAUCUCCAGUUCUUGUGCAGCCACUGCGAGAACUUCGCUCCAAUGCAGUAUCUCCCACCAAAAAUGAAGAGAAUGGAGCUCCUGAGAAGUCCUUCGAGAAACAACAUGAGAAGCCAGAAGCAAGGGCUAGUAAGGAUUACUCUGGCUUCCGAGGCAAUGCCAUUCCCAGGGGAGCAGCUGGAAAAAUCAGGGAACAGAGACGCCAGUUUGGCCAUAGGGCUAUACCUCAGGGAGUGACUCGACGUAAUGGCAAAGAGCAAUACGUGCCACCCAGAUCACCAAAGUAAACAAAAACAAAAAAACUGUUCAAAAACUUCUCUCUCUUCCCAUUAAACUUGAGCCUGGCUAUAUUGAACUGUUUUGGAGGGGAGGGCGUGGCCAGGAAGGAAACAAGAGAAAGUACAUCCUUAAAUCAUUAUGGAUUUUGGAGUUGUGAGCUAUAGAAUCCCAAAAUUCAUCUCUAAAGCGAUCUUAAAAUGCUGAAGGAUUCCAAUCAGUAUAAAUAUAUAUAUAUAUAUGUAUACAUAUAUAAAAAUAUAAUUUUUCUAUUUUUGUUUUUGAUUUUAAUUUGCAGAGAUCUUCUGCCUGGAAUCAAUUUUGAGGGUUCAGAUUUAGCUUGGGAAAAAAACACAUUAUACAUCCUUCAGUAUAGGAGAUGAGGGAGUGAGAGAAAAUAUUUUUUGAAGAAACAUUUCUGUAAAAUUAGAAAUUACUUUUUUUAAUCUAUUUAAAGUUUGGCUUGGAGAAUGCCAUUUCUGCCUAUAUGGCCUUGUGUUGCAAAACAGAUCAGUGGCUGGGGUGACUGUUGUGGUGUGAGUGUGUGCAAGUAUGAUUGAAGCCAAGUCUGUUGUCAUGUUAGUAAAUGAUUUGAAAACUGAAUGUAAUACUUGAGUAGAUUUUUUUUUUUCCAGUUUGAAAUUUAGUCUGUCUUUUUGACCUUACUAAUAUUUCAUUCAACAAGCUGUUAAACUCUGAUUGUACUUGGGGAUGUGACUACCAAUCAGUUUGAUACUCAAGGAAAGAAUGGGGGUUAUUUGAAAAAUUAAAAUUUUGUGUUAUAUCUGAGUGGGUGGGUCAAAUGGAGCUCAGAGGUUUAAGCUGCCUUGUGAUUUUUCUUCCCCCCCUAAAAUAGGAAAUGAUUUCUUUCUUUUGUUACUUUCUUCGUUACUCUGUUCUUUGACUACCCACCCCCAAAAGCAAAAUAACCAAUCACCUACAGAAUUGUAUGUUUCUAGUAGCCUGGCUCAGUCUAGUCAAAUCAUAUAACUGUUCUAAAUUUCUGACUUGAACAUUAAAGUAUUUUACUCUUCUGGUCAUGUAUUUAGAACUUUAGAUCCCAGAAUGAUAGGGCAGACUGACCCUACAGUAAUUUAUUUGUGUUAGUGUUAAAGAUGAAACAUUGUAGCUGACUCUUAAAGUGUUAAAUAGUAUAGAUGUAAAAAGAAAUUUCUUUUUAAAGGUUUAAUUUGGGGACAACUUUUUCUGUUUACAAUGUAUUUAUCACCUUCCUUCUUUCCCUUUCUCAAAAAAAAAAAAAGCAGUUUGGAAUUCACAGAAACAGAACCAGCAAGUCACAAAAUUUUUGAGUUAAGGUUAGAAGGAUAGUUAAAAUUAACAUAUAAUUUCUCAGUGAAUAAAGUUGUAGCUCUCACAUUAAAUAGGCAAGUUUACAUGCUGGUGUUUAGAAAAUGGCUAAAAAAUUAAAAACCAUGUUGCAUUAAUCUGUUUUAAGUCAUACCAUUUUCAGAGUUCUAUGUAAGG